AUGGCUAACGAGGAGAAAAGAGACUCUACGGCCGGGGAUCCGGUCGAUGAGAAACAUGCGCCUGUUGUAACCAAGGUGGCCAUUGGAGAUGAGGCAUUCCAGCAGGCCAUGAUCAAGGAGCCGCCCGGGAUAUUCGAGUCGCCGGUUCUCAUCAUAGCAAGCUUUGUAGCCUUCUGCUGCUCGACAGCAAAUGGUUAUGACGGCUCGCUGUUCGGUACCUUGCUUUCCAACGACGCCUUCACUGCCUACUUUACUGUCGACAAUGCCGGUCUAUUCACGGGAAUCGUCACGGCGAUGUACCAAAUCGGCUCCGUGGCAGCCAUCCCCUUUGUCGGCCCAGCCAUCGACACCUGGGGCCGUCGUGCUGGCAUGUUCAUCGGCGCUGUCAUCAUCAUCCUCGGCAUCAUCAUCCAAAUCACCUGCAUCGUAAACACCGGGACCACCAACCAGUUCAUGGGCGGCCGGUUCUUCCUAGGGUUCGGCGUCUCCAUCAUGUCCGCCGCCGGCCCUACCUAUGUCAUCGAGACUGCCCAUCCAGCCCAUCGCGGCGUCGUCGGGGGUCUCUACAACGUCAUGUGGCCCGUCGGAGCCCUCGUCGCCAGCGGUGCUGCCCGCGGUGGCCUCACCUACGAGGGAAACACCUCCUGGAUGAUCCCCGUCGGUCUCCAGCUGAUGUUCCCCUGCAUUGUCGCCUUUGGCGCUUUCCUCCUCCCAGAGUCCCCGCGCUGGCUUUACACCCGCGGACAGCGCGAGAAGGCAGUCGCCUCUCUCACAGAGUACCACGGCAGGGGGAACCCGGACAGCGAGUGGGUCAAGCUCCAGUUGAUGGAGUACGAGCAGAGUCUGGAGAUGGAUGGUUCUGAUAAGAGAUGGUGGGAUUACCGGGCGUUGUUCAAGGACCGCGGGUCUACCUAUCGUGUCCUGUGCAACUGCUUCGUCUCGCUCUUUGGACAAUGGGCUGGCAACGGUAUUGUGACGUACUAUCUGAGUGCAUUCCUCGACACCGCCGGUAUCCACGGCCAAGUCACCCAAAUCAACGUCCAACUCGGCAUGAGUGCAGUCCAGGUCGUCUUCGCCGCCGCCGGGGCAACCAUCGUAGACAAAGUCGGCCGGCGCCCCAUGCUGAUCAUCGUCAACAUCGUCUGCUGCUUCUGCUGGAUCGGGGUCAUUGUGCCGUCAUCCAUUGCCAACAUCACGGAUCUCGAUUCCGAGGCGCAGCAGAAUGCCGUCGCCCCGUCUGUCAGCAAAGCCGUGCUUGCUUGGGUUUAUAUCUUCCAGAUCUGCUACUCGUUUGGCUGGACGCCCAUGCAGGCCCUUUACCCGGUUGAGGUCGUCUCCUUUGAGAUGCGUGCUAAGGGAAUGGGCUUUUCCAGUCUUUUCACCCAGAUCGGCCUACUGGUAAACCAGUUCGGUAUCCCCGUGGCACUCUCCAGAAUCCACUGGAAGACAUACGUCGUGUACUGCGUCUGGUGCAUGGUCCAGGCCGUUCUGUUCUACUUCUUCAUCCCUGAAACCAAGGGCCGCACUCUCGAAGAACUCGACCAUAUCUUCCACGCCAAAAACCCCGUCAAGGAGUCCAUCAAGAAGAAGAAACUUGAUAUCGAUGCGAAUGCCAAUAUUGUCCACAUUGAGAGUACCGAUAACGUUUCUAGCCAUGCAUAG